AUGGCAUUCUCAUUGCCCUCUCGCCACGCCGAUUUCGCAAUCGUCGAUCUCGCCACGCUGAUCUCGGGUUUGUGGGUUUGUGCCGGUGGUGGGUUUAGAAUUUACAGAGUUCUAGCUGAUUUACUAUGUGGAUAUUUGGUUGUUAGCUUUAUUGCCGUGAUUACCUUGUAUUUGGUGAUGGACUCACAAAAUCAAAAUCCCUUCUUCCUUGACAUUUUACAAGACAAUGAACAAGGUUUUGAGUCUUUUGACAGUAGUAAUUUGAUGUCCACUCCGCAUUCAGACGUCAAUGUCCAUCAAUCUCCACCCGAAGUUGAAAUGGGACAAUCUAUACCCCCUAUUGCAAAAAAAUCAACUACUAAGAGAGGUCAACGGAGAAUCAACUUCACCAUAGAUGAAGACAUUAAGCUAGUGUCGGCGUGGCUUAAUAUUGAAGAUGCAAAAACUAUAUAUCAAGUUAAUUGCAAAAAUGCAUUUCAAUUGGAGCAUUGUUGGAGAAUUUUGAGGAACGAAGCUAAGUGGUUGGUUCUAAGAGAUAGUUUGAAGGCCCGCACAAGACAACCAGCCACACGACCAGCCACACAACCAGCCACACAACCAGCCACACAAUCCUUUGCAAGCUCAAUAAAUGUAGAUGAAGAUAAUAAAGAGAUGAACUCCAGCGAAACCUUGGAGAGACCUAUAGGCAAGAAAGCUGAAAAGGAGAAAUUAAAGAAAAGAAAGAAUUAUGAUGACGUGAUCCCAACACUUUCCUCCCAAUUGGACGAAAUCAAGGAAGAAAAGAGAAGAAUGCAUGAGGAGAAAAAGGAAAGUAUGCGCAUUGCAUUAGAAGAACGAAGAGAGGCAAUGCGCAUUGCAUCCGAAGAACGAAGAGAGUUGAUUCGUAUCAAGGAAGAGAAGAAUGAAGUAAAAAAGAGGAAAAUGGAAGAUGAACUUAUGAUGAAAGAUACAAGAACUAUGGAUCCUGAGCAAAAAGAAUACAUUCGUCUACGUCGUUUGGAAAUCUUGGAGAGAUUAAGGUCUAAAAAUGUAUCAUAA